CAUCUUGAGUGGCAUGGCCCAGCUAGACAGUGCGCUCUGAGCAAAGACAUGCAAUUUAUCGCGAAAACAUUGAACGUCCCGAGAAUCACGGAUUUCUGUGAAACAUAGCAAAUUCUUGGUGCUUCGCACCUUCAUCGAAAUGGAGGUGGUUAAGGCAUUUAACGCGGAGCUUUCAGCUCUAUACGAUGUCAAACCACCUAUUUCCAAGGCUAAAAUGAACUCUCUAACCAAGGGUGCAAUUAAGGCAAUCAAAUACUAUAAGCAUGUUGUGCAAAGCGUUGAGAAAUUCAUUCAAAAGUGUAAGCCAGAGUACAAAGUGCCUGGAUUGUACGUUAUAGAUUCAGUUGUACGCCAAUCCAGACACCAGUUUGGAGUAGAGAAAGAUGUCUUUGCUCCACGCUUUGCUAAAAACAUGCAAACCACCUUCUUAAACCUUUUGAAAUGUCCUCAGGAAGACAAAAGCAAGGUGAUACGAGUCUUAAACCUUUGGCAAAAGAAUGCAGUCUUUCCAUCCGAGGUUAUACAACCUUUGUUUGAUCUUGCGGACCCAAAUCAUCCGAUACACAAGGAACAAGCAGUUAAUGCUAACGGUACACUGAACAUUUCCUCAACGAAUAACACAAGCAAUACUGGUACUGCUGUAAAGACUCCUCCUUUAACUACAAAAAACGCAGUAAAAGAUCAGAAAUUAUUUUCUUCUACAAAGACGAUCGAUCCCGUUUGGCUAGCGCAAACAAAAAUGGAAGCAGCAAAUAUAGUUAAUGCCAAUAAACUCCUGGGACAGUCUAAUGCAACUCAAAUGGAUGCUUCUUUUCUUGAUCAACUGCAACAUUUACAGCAGUUGUUGUUAAAAAAACAGGAAGCAGCGAAUGAACAGAAAUGUUCUGUAAAGUUUGAUAAAAAACUUUUAGACUUUGAUUAUGGGGAGGAAGAGGAUGACGAUGUUGUUGUUGCAAGUUCGCCAGCAGCGACAUCGGCAGCAAAUGCUGCUCAACACAAUGCUGUUGCCACAGGAAACAGUUUGGAAAGUCUUGGGCUACUAUUAACAAAUCCAGAGGUUUUGAGGCAGCUCCAAACAUUGCAACAAACAAUGCAAGGAAAUGCUUCUUCGUCGCAACACGAAAUGGAAGAAAAAAUGCGAAAACUCCAACAAAUGAAGCAGCAGGAAGAGGAGUUUGAUAAGCAUCUAGCCCAAACUGUUCCUAAUUUACCAUUUGCAUCGGAAUGUGAAUUAAAACCAUCGGAUAUCUUAAAACCAAGCCAACAAAAUACGUAUACAACAAAUGUAAGUAGCGGAGUUAUACAAGACCUGAGUCAACCACCUCCUGGUUACCCACCGGCUUUGCCAUAUGCCUCUCAACCUUUGUCGAAUAUUAGACAGAUCAAUCAGCAGGCGCAUCAGAAUCAAAAGAGUCCGCUUCACGAUGAUCGACAAGAUACGCAAGAUUAUUCUGGAAAUGGUGCAAGGCGAGAUAGCAGCAGCGUAGAAAUUGUAAAUUGCGAGAGUACAAGAUCACAAAGUAGAUCGCCCGAUCGAUACAGACACCACAGUCGAUCCAGAUCACCACGGCACAGGGAUAGAGAUAGAGACAGAGACAGAGAUCGGGAUCGAGAUCGAGACAGAGACAGAAAAUCUCGGUCAAGAAGUAGAUCCAGAAGAAGGAGAUCUCGCUCGAGAGAUAGAGGGCGUGACAGAAAACGCGAAGACAGCCGAGAAAAGAUGACCGAAGAAGAACGGGAAAAAGAAAGAGAAAGACGCAAACGAGGAUUACCGCCAAUUGUAAGGGAUAAAUUAAGCGUUUGCAGCACUACACUUUGGGUAGGACAUCUAUCAAAAUUAGUACAUCAAGAAGAACUUUCAGAUACUUUUGGAGAAUUUGGUGAUAUUGUCAGCAUAGAUCUGAUUUCGCCUAGAGGUUGCGCCUUCAUAUGCAUGAAUAGAAGACAAGACGCUUAUCGGGCACUUACUAAACUUAAGAAUCAUAAAAUGCAAGGAAAAGCAAUUACUUUAGCCUGGGCACCAGGAAAAGGUGUGAAAGGAAAAGAAUGGAAAGAUUAUUGGGAAGUCGAAUUGGGAGUUAGUUAUAUUCCCUGGAAUAAAUUAAUUAAUGUUACUGACCAGGAUCUAGAGUUACUCGAAGAAGGUGGAAUGAUCGACGAAGAUACUCUGCCACCUCAUUUAAAAGGUAAAUUAAAGCAUUCCGGAACAAAUGCAGACAUGCUUCAACAGCAGUUGCAGUUGCAGCAGCAAGCUUUAGCUGCCGCGAUUCCAAGUUUGACAGAUGGGAUUGUUAAUGUAAUGCAGCCUUCGACCAGCGCUCAACAGCAACAAUCUCAAUCGCAGUCUCAGCAACAGGGUCAACAGCAACAGCAAGUGAUCGAUACAAGUCAGCCACCGCCGAUCAGACCUCCCACGUCAGCUGCACUUUUACCACCGCCAAACACACAAUUACAGAUGAUGCCACCUGCUUUUACAAUGCCAGGAGUUCCUCGUAUGCUCGGACCAAUGGGAUUACCAAUGGCGCACAGUUUAAUGCCUAACGUUCCAAUAGGUGUACCACCCCCAAAUAUGCAGAGUUUAUUAGGACCACCAGGAAUGAUGCAAACUAUGCUAAGGCCUCCAGUAAAUCCACCGUUUGGAACUGGUGUCGGUGUUGGUUUAUUAACGCAGAUUCCUUUACCAGCACCUGCUGCACCCUCCGAUAAACCCAAUUCCACCGGUAUGCCACACAAUGUUCCUCCAAUAGGAGUCCCGCCGCCAACGACGGAGACGGGAAUGCCAAAUUUGCCAAUGUUACGUCAACCUUACGGUGUAGGUCCUUCUGCUCCGUUACAAAUGCAACUACCUCAGCAACAUUCUGCAGAUGACAUGGACGUAGAAAUGGAGGACGUGAUGCCGCAAAGUUCAAACGGGACUAAAAAUAAAGGCAAUCUAAUUGAACAACUUUCACAAAAUGAGGAUAGAACAGAGGGCGAUCAACAGCUAGAGCAACAUCGAGACUAUAAAGAAAGAGAUAGGGAACGAGAGAACAGAGAAAGAAGAGAUAGAGAAACACAUUUAUCUCAUAGAGAUAGGGAAAGCAAUGAUUCCAGAAUGGAACGUGGAAGGGAAAGAGGUAGAGGACGAGAACGAGGACGCGAUCGGAGGAGAGAUAUUAGAGAUAGAGACAGAGAUGAUAGAAGAGAAAGAGAGAAUAGAGAGAAUCGAGAAGGAAAUCCACAAAAUCAAAGUCUUCAGGAAAACGAUUCCACCCUAAAAAAAGACGGUAAACCGAGCUUAGCCGAUCGGUUACGUCAAUUGGCCGAUGGCACGCUACCCCUUGAAGAUCGAGUCGACCGGAUACCUCCACCUCGUAAUCGACCGGACCGAGACAGAUCGGACAGAAGUUUUGAAGAUUCUCGCUCAGCGCGCGGUGAACCCCUUUCCUCUCUUAUGGACUUGCCAAAGUUCGGUUUGCCUCAGGAAAGGGGUGACUUUCCAGCUCGUCCGCCAGACUUUCGAAAUCCUCAAGAUCCAAGAGAAUUUCAACAGCAAAGGGAAAGGCAGAAUUUCGGACGAGGUCACAGAGGAUCACAAAUGCAUGAGGAAUAUAUGGACGCCCCGAGGAUACAAGGGGGCAUGUAUCAAGAAGAAUUUGACAAUAGGAUACAUGGACAACAAAGAAUAGAAGAUUUUGGAAGACUCGGACCCCCUAGGGAGCAAAGGGAGGAAUUUGAUAGAUCCGAAGUACGUGGAAGAAGACCGCUCGACGAUCGAGAUCGUUUCGAUUACGAAAUUAGACGAGACGGUUUUGAUCCACGACUUCAGGAUGGUUUUGAUCCAAGGGGACAUCACGAUCGAGGAGACUUUGAACCUAGGAGACGAGAAUUCUUUGGGAUUGAACCUAUGUUUGGAAUGCCACCUAUAAUGGGACCCAGAGGGCCUAGACCUGGACAUCCUGAUGGGUUUGGACCUCGUCCUGCUCCUCUAGGGGCUCGUGGGCCAGGUCCUUUAAUGUUCCAUCCACGGGGCCUAGGACCCCGUCCUCUUCGCCCUGGAAUGAGGCCUUUCGGUCCUCGCGGUCCACCUUUCGAUCCUCGAGAACCAGACACCUUCUUCAGACCUCCUUUCGAUGACAUUCGUCCUCAUGUGAGACCACCUUUUGGUCCUAUGGGCCCACCAUCUAUUCUUCCUCCAGAAUCUGCUGCUCCGUGGAGGAAUCAAGAACAUCCUCCUCCUGGCUCCUGGUCUUCUGAUACCGAGCACUCGCAAAGAGACAAGAAAGGGGGCAAACAUGCAAACCAAAACAUGGAGAGAGAGAGUCGAAACAGAGGACGGAAAUCCAGGUGGACUAAUGUAAGCCCAUCCGGUGAAGAAACAGAGGAAUCCAAAGAGCAGGAGCCAUCUACCGGAAAUGUUGAAAUGAAAGAAGAACCUGUAAAAGAAGAGGUAUUUGGGAAAAGGGAGGAACAAGGAGGUGAAAUAAAGGAGGCGAUUCCCAUUGAAAAAACAGAAAAUUUCGAAGAAACAGUUGAGACGAAACAAGAAGGCUUUGAAGUAAAGGAAGAGGAAGAGGACCGCAGGGAUUCUUAGACCAAAGUAAAGAGCGAUUUUUCUCUUUAAGAUUAUUUCUUACUCUGUGGAGUGGUGUGAGGGAGGACUCGUUGCUUCGAGCCGAUAUACGGUCGAAAUGGAAAAAGCUUAUUUUGGAAAAUGAAACGCUGAAUAUAAGAUUAAUUAUUUUGUUCGAUCAAUGAUAUUUUAAUAAUGGUGAAGUAAUGAUGCGUUGUUUUUAAAUAUGAUUUUAGAAAUGUCGGUAAAGUUAUUUCUUGUAACUAGAGCUAAAUAUCAAAAACUAAGCAGAAUGAAGAAAUUAGAAUGGAUAUAGUUAAAGAAAUAUAAGAUAUUAAUGUCACUUUAAGUUAAUAAUUCAUAUAAAAAGAUUACUAUAAUCUUUCAACAAGAUCAACACGCAAAUUGCAUACUUUUAGUAAUUUGUAAAAUUGAAUAAAUGACCUUUGUAUUAUUUUAAGAUACAGGCACAUGAAAUAGAAUUAGCUAAAAGUAUAUCAUCGGUCGAACGGAAAGAUAGUUUUUCUUUAAGUCAGCGUUUCAAAUUUCAAAGAAACCAAUUUUUCUAAUCGGCUUAACAUGUGAGGCGCUGUGAUUUGUAAACACAGGACCUAUGACCCGUGGAUACUCCAAGUGGCGACUUAUUUAUUGAAUUGUAAAUACUUUUGUAUUUUCGUAGUAAACAAAUAUAUAGUAAAUCCGAUUUGAAUGUGUACAUGUAAUUAAUUUUUAAGUUACUAAAGAUACAAGAAAAGUGUUUUUAUCAUAUUUAACUUUUAAAGGAAUAUUAUGUUUCUGUUAAACUCAUAUUUACCUUGUUAAGUUUAUCUUGAAACGUACGAUAAAAUUAGUGUAAACAAUAUAUAUAUAUAUAGCUUUAAAAAAGAAGAAGGAUAAACUUGAAUCUCUGCAAAUUUAAAAAAAAAAAAAUUGAAUCCAAUUGUUUCCUUUUCAAAAUAGAACAACUUCUGUACAAACAUCUUUCUUGUAUUUUCAAUAGCUUAAGAAAUAAUUGAAUGCAUGCAUUUAAACCGAACGUACUGUAUAGAUAGAUGAAUCUUAACAGUAGAAUCUUGAUUAACCGUAUAUCCUACAAACUUCAAAGUUUUAUUACAUAAGACAUUUUCGUUGAUUGAACUCUACAUUCGAUGCAAUUAUUAUAAAUCUUACGAAUGUGUGUGUCGAACACUUUGUAUGAGGUAAAUUUUAGUUUAAUAAUUAUAUCAUUUUAAAUGAAUAUUCAUUUUAUAUGAAUUAUUUUUAAUUUAAUAUUUUGAUCGUAUACCAAUACGAUUUGUUUAAAUAUUUUCCCCAUGUACUAAACUCUAUCAAAGAAUUGAAAGAAACAACCCCAUUAAAUUUACAAUGAAUGAAUGUUCGAUCAACAGAAAUAGUUAGCCAUUGAAAUGUGUAAUUGUUAAUUCGGAUAAUCAAGAUUCUACCACCGUAAAUAUUUAAAUAGAUAGAGAGAGAGAUUAUAUAUAUAAAUAUAUAUACGUGUAUGGAAGAAAAUGUAAGCCAACAAAGAAUGGUAGAAAGAGAGAGUGAGAGGGAGAGAGCGCGAGAAUAAGUGAAAUACAGAGCGAGAAUAUAUAUAGUGCCGAUGUUCGGCGCGGCUCAAUCAAACGAACGAAAAAUAAAUAUUUUCUAUAUAACGUCUUUCUUCGUAAGCAGAAUUAUAGCCUCUCAUUCCGCUUGGCUCCCGGAAUUGACUUACUUUUUUUAAAGAGAAACUCCAGCCAUUGGAAACUCAGGAUAAUUAAUUAAACAAUU